CGCAUCUCGGCUCCGAGGAGCUCGUUUCGGCCCCGAUCGUCGAAGCGGUUGGAAAAUGGUGUCCUCCUGCCCCUCCCUGCUUCGGAAGGACCGCCGAGGAGAGGCCGAGAAAUGAUGGAAGAGUUGCAUAGCCUGGACCCCCGACGGCAGGAACUCUUAGAGGCCAGGUUUACUGGAGUAGGUGUGGCCAAGGGGCCACUCAAUAGCGAGUCUUCAAACCAGAGUUUAUGCAGUGUGGGGUCCCUGAGUGAUAAGGAACUAGAGACCCCGGAGAAAAAGCAGAAUGAUCAGCGGAACCGGAAAAGGAAAGCGGAGCCGUACGAGUCGAGUCAAGGGAAAGGCACUUCUAGGGGACAUAAAAUUAGCGAUUACUUUGAGUUUGCCGGGGGCAGUGGGCCGGGAACCAGCCCUGGCCGAAGCGUUCCACCUGUUGCUAGGUCCUCACCGCAACAUUCCUUGUCCAACCCCUUACCGCGGAGGGGAGAGCAGCCGCUUUACGCUCUAGAUGGCAGCACGGCCAAGGAGGCCCAGGAGGAGCACUCUGCUCUGCCCACGCUGAUGUCGGUGAUGCUGGCGAAACCCCGGCUGGACACUGAGCAGCUGGCGCAGAGGGGAGCCGGUCUCUGCUUCACUUUGGUUUCGGCACAGCAAGGCAGUCCCUCUUCUACGGGGUCCGGCAACACAGAGCAUUCCUGCAGCUCCCAGAAACAGAUCUCCGUCCAGCACAGACAGACACAGUCUGACCUCACAAUAGAAAAAAUAUCUGCAUUAGAAAACAGCAAAAAUUCUGACCUGGAGAAGAAGGAGGGAAGGAUAGACGACUUGUUACGAGCAAACUGUGAUUUGAGACGGCAGAUCGACGAGCAGCAAAAGAUGCUAGAGAAGUACAAGGAGCGGUUGAACAGAUGUGUGACCAUGAGCAAGAAACUCCUUAUAGAGAAGUCAAAACAAGAGAAGAUGGCCUGCAGGGACAAGAGUAUGCAGGAUCGCCUGAGGUUGGGUCACUUCACGACAGUCCGGCACGGGGCCUCGUUCACCGAGCAGUGGACAGAUGGCUAUGCUUUCCAGAACCUUAUCAAGCAACAGGAGAGGAUAAACUCACAGAGGGAAGAGAUUGAGCGACAACGAAAAAUGUUAGCCAAACGGAAACCGCCUGCCAUGGGACAGACCCCUCCCGCCAACAACGAGCAGAAACAGCGCAAGAGCAAGACCAACGGAGCUGAAAACGAAACGUUAACGUUAGCUGAAUACCACGAGCAAGAAGAAAUCUUCAAACUCAGACUAGGUCAUCUUAAAAAGGAGGAAGCCGAGAUCCAGGCGGAACUGGAGAGACUAGAGAGGGUUAGAAAUCUACACAUCAGGGAAUUAAAAAGGAUACACAAUGAAGAUAAUUCACAAUUUAAAGAUCACCCCACGCUAAAUGACAGAUAUUUGUUGUUACAUCUUCUGGGAAGAGGAGGUUUCAGUGAGGUGUACAAGGCGUUCGAUUUAACGGAACAGAGAUACGUAGCUGUGAAAAUCCACCAGUUAAACAAAAACUGGAGGGAUGAGAAAAAGGAGAAUUACCACAAGCACGCGUGUCGGGAGUACCGGAUUCACAAGGAGCUGGACCAUCCCCGGAUCGUUAAGCUGUACGACUACUUUUCACUGGACACCGACUCGUUCUGUACAGUAUUAGAGUACUGUGAGGGAAACGACCUGGAUUUCUACCUGAAACAGCACAAGCUAAUGUCCGAGAAGGAGGCCCGGUCCAUCAUCAUGCAGAUUGUCAAUGCUUUAAAGUACCUGAAUGAAAUCAAGCCUCCCAUCAUACACUAUGACCUUAAGCCAGGUAAUAUUCUUCUAGUCAAUGGUACCGCAUGCGGGGAGAUAAAAAUCACCGAUUUUGGCCUUUCCAAGAUCAUGGACGACGAUAGCUACAAUUCAGUGGAUGGCAUGGAGCUGACAUCCCAGGGGGCCGGUACUUACUGGUAUCUGCCACCAGAGUGUUUUGUGGUGGGGAAGGAACCUCCAAAGAUCUCCAAUAAAGUCGACGUCUGGUCUGUCGGCGUUAUCUUCUAUCAGUGCCUCUAUGGCAGAAAGCCCUUUGGCCAUAACCAGUCCCAGCAAGACAUUCUACAGGAGAACACCAUUCUGAAAGCUACUGAGGUGCAGUUCCCGCCAAAGCCGGUGGUCACCCCCGAGGCAAAGGCCUUUAUCCGGCGCUGCCUGGCCUACCGCAAGGAGGACCGCAUCGACGUCCAGCAACUGGCGUGCGACCUGUACCUGCUGCCCCACAUCCGGAAAUCCGUCUCCACCAGCAGCCCCGCGGGCGCUGCCCUGGCGUCCACUUCCGGGGCGUCCAAUAACAGCGCUUCGAAUUGAGGCGGACACUGGGCCAAAAACCGCUCCCCACCAACCACCGGGCCUCGGGGCCCCCAGACGGACUUGGGACACAGUAGGGGCACCCCCCCCGACCGGCAGAAUCCCAGUGGACCUCCCGGAACCUGCACCAGGUGCUUUCUUUCCUUGCUUUGUUCCCAUCCGUAGAGCAUGACAGCCAUCACUUCUCACCGAGGAGGGACCUCCGGCCCCCGGCCUCGGGGGAUGGGGCCUGGCCGGAGGCAGCCCGCCCCCCGCACUCUGUGCCGGUCAAGAUUACCGGUCCAGAUCACCGGCGCCGGCCGCUCUAAGGGAGAAAAAGCUACCGGUUUCCCGGACUGUGAACUCAUGAGCAAUGGGCUCGGGGGGCACUGACAGCAAGCGAGCAGCGCUUCAGAUGAAGAAUGUGGACUUGGCAUACGGACUGGGCUAGUCCAGGGCCUCUAUUUAAACUGGGUCUUUUCUUUUAAUAAAGUUGAGGUAACAUCUCCGGGGAAGCCCCACAGCACAAGGGUUCAGCUGGGGAUGGCGUUUGACUCUCUGCCCUUUGGAGGAAAAUAAAAAAGUUGCUAAUGUCCGUUCAAGGCACUAGAGGUAGUGUUUUACCCCCCAAAUGAUUUCAAUUUUUUUUUUUUUUUAAAUGCAGCUUUCUCUCUCCCCUCUCCCCCCUUUUUUUUUAUUUUGAAGAAAAAUAAAAAAAGACUUUGGUCAUAAAGUGAAACCCGUAUUAGCAGGUACGUGGCAAAGUUCAUUCCAGUCAAAUGCAGCUUUCUCCUCCUCCUCCUCCUCCUCCUCCUCCUCCUCCUCCUCCUCCUCAUCGUCCUCCAUCUGGCGCGGCCUGUGUGCGAUCGAUUCCCUUCCUCUCGGCGGGGGAAGAGUUGAGUGGGAUUCGGGUCGAAGCACAGGUAGCAGGGCCCGGGAGGGUCUUUGCCGUCAGACAGAGAACGGGGUUGGAAGACCGCGGCUUGGAGCCUCUCUGGGUUUGCAACUGUUUCUCCACAACUUGGAACACAUGACGGUUGUCCCUUUUAAUUUAUUUGAAGUGCUAUUUUUUUAAAUAAAGGUUGGUCUGUCCAUGCAGUACUCUUGGAUUCUGUGAGUAUAGUAUCUGUUGAAUAUUCAAAAGGCAGUCAGAAAACGGGCUGGGAGCAACAUUUCGUUUGAGAGAUCAGUAGUUCUUACACAUGAUCUUUCUGUGCUCACUAAACAUUGUACGUUUCUUGUUAACUUCACUAUUAAAACUUGAGCAGCG